AUGAUGAAAAACGAGAAGCAUAUAACCCACAGAGUAAAGUUCACAUGUUUUGGCAUCUUGGUGAUGAUGAUGAGCGUAUUGCUCAUGAUGACAGGAACAGGUCAUCAUCAUCAUGGAUUGGCACUUGCACAAUCGCCAUCCACAGCAUCCUUCAAUACGAUACGAUCCUUUAUGAGAAGAAUGAGAGAUCCUGCAGCCUAUUCGUCAUCAUCACGAACAUCGGGCAAGAUCAGAUCAUCAUCCUCUUCUCUUCCUCCAUAUAUCACAAAAUUCUUCCAACAAAAAUUGGAUCAUUUUGAUUUUACAAAUGAUAAAACCUUUCCUCAACGUUAUUUAGUAUGUGAUCAAUUUGUUGGAAGUGGAGGAAUCAAGCCAAAUACUCCCGUUUUUCUCUAUACUGGAAAUGAAGGAGAUAUUGUGAAUUUCUAUGAAAAUACUGGACUCAUAUUUGAUAUUGCACCACAAUUUAAAGCAUUAAUUAUAUUUAUUGAGCACCGUUAUUAUGGUGUCAGUAAUCCAUUUGGACCUGUCGACUCGUUUAAACCGGAUAAAAUUAAAUGGUUGACCAGCGAGCAAGCACUUGCUGAUUAUGCCUAUUUCAUUACUGAAACAUUUGGAUUGGAUGAAAAGAGAACCACUCCUGUCAUUGCAUUUGGUGGCUCUUAUGGUGGAAUGUUAUCUGCUUGGAUUCGAUUCAAAUAUCCACACAUUGUUGAUGGUGCCAUUGCAGCAAGUGCUCCAAUUUUCCAAUUCACUGGUUUAACUCCUCCUUAUGUUUACAACCAAAUCUGUACUCAAGAUUUCAACAAGGCCAGUAAUUUAGCAGUUUAUCGUGAGACUUGUGACUCGGUGAUCAGGACAGCAUUUUAUGCUUUGCAAAAGAUUUCUCAAGAUAACACUCCAACCAUGUUACAAAAGCUUACAAUGCAAUUUAAAGUCUGUUCACCAGGUAUUAGAACUUCCAAUGAUGUGAACCAAUUGAUUGGAUGGCUCAAUCAAGCAUAUCAAACCCUUCCUAUGGUGGAUUAUCCUUAUCCUAAUAGCUUUUUACAACCAUUGCCUGGUUUUCCAAUCAAUGAAAUUUGUAAUCGUAUUGCCACAUUGAUGAGUAAGGAAGCUGUCAUCACAACUGAUAGUUAUCUUAAAGCAAUUCUUGAAGGUGCAUCUGUUUACUACAAUUAUUCUGGAAGUGCUGGACAAUGUAAUAAUUUAACUCAACCAGAUAGCCCAUCACUUGGAGAUGAUGCAUGGGAAUACCAAACUUGUACUGAAAUGGUCAUGCCCAUAGGUCAAUAUCCUGCCACUGACAUGUUCAUCUCUUCACCAUGGAAUCUCGAUGCAUUUAUUGCCUAUUGUCAACAAAAGUGGAAAACAACUCCAAGAACUAAUUGGGUGAUUACAAAUUAUGGUGGAAAAAGAGCAGUCCUGGAUGCUACAAAUAUUGUCUUUUCCAAUGGUGAUUUGGAUCCAUGGCAUGGAGGAGGUGUCUUGGCACCAACCAAAACAAAUAGCAAAGUUAACUUAGUUUACAUUGAACAAGGAGCUCACCAUUUGGAUUUAAGAAGUUCCAAUCCUUUGGAUCCUCAAAGUGUCAAGAUUGCCAGAGCCUUAGAAGUCAAGGAAAUUGCCACAUGGCUCAAUGAAUUUGCAGUAAAGAAAGGUUACGACAUUAAGUAUUAA